ACCACUGAACCUGAGAGUAGUGUCUCCACUAACAACAAUAACAAAGAAACUCCAGUCAUUAUGGAUGUUGACCCUCUUUCACUCGAUAAAGGAAAGGGCAAAGAAGUUUUAACAGAUGAUACAUCUAUAGUUAUCACCUCUGAAAAAGUACUCAUAAAUGUUGACGACGCUAAUGAUACCUCAGAAAAUUUUUUGAACAACAAAAAAAGCCCUCAAGAAAUUUUCACCAAAAAAACAAAUUUUUUCGCUUUCUUUCCAGCAGAUGAUUACCCUGAAAAAUCCCUUCAAGCUAAAAUCUCUGACGUCACUGACCUUAUUUUUGAUCACUCCUAUUCGUCCUCGUAA